UGGCGACGUGUGAGUGUUGGUGUCGGUGGAGUGUUUAAGAAAAGAGAAAGGGACCAUGUUGUCGUCGCGGCCAACGCACUGUUUCCCGUGAUUCGCAAUCGAGCUCGGUGCAAAUGUAGGAAUGUCAGAGGUUAAACGGGUACCCCUGCAAACCCUGGAGUUUCCGGAGUCCCUGGGCCACGCCGCGAAGAAGGAGAAAAAGGGUGAGAAGGGCAAACAGCUUGCGCCCUCCUUCCGUUUUACGCUUACUUUGCCAGAGUCGAACGAGAAGGCAUGCCCCGAGUUCAACUACGCUCAGCUUUACAAAGCAGCCGAGAAAAAGCGAAGAAAAGAACAAAAAGGAGGAGAUGAGAAUACGACGAAUGGGCUGGAUCCCUACGAUGACGAUGACGAAGAUAAACUUAAGGAUAUGGCAAGAAGAUUCGAGGCCAAAUACGGUACAACUACUUUGGGAAAGAAAAGACACAAGUAUGAUGAUUAUGUGGAUUUGGGUGCAGGAUACGAUGAGAAUGAUUCUUUCAUUGACAAUACGGAUGCUUACGAUGAAAUUGUACCAGAAGAGAUGACCACAGCUCAUGGGGGUUUCUACAUAAAUUGUGGUGCCCUAGAAUUUAAAGCUGCUGAAAGGCAUUCCUUAGUUCACAAUAACAACAAUAAUAAAAGUAACAAUGAUGAAGAUGAAAGUAGCGAUAGCAGCGAAGAAGAAACUGAAGAUGUCGAUAGUCCAAAGAGGGCGGAUAAAAGAAAUCUUAGUUCGUCGGAAGAUGAUGAAGUAGACGACAUGUCAGAUCAACCGAGAAAAAAGCAGAAAGUCGAUGAAAAUGGAGAUAAGAAAUCCAACCAUGAAAAUGUAAUCAAGAAGAAGAAAAAGAAGCCACAGAAUCAUCAAACCCAAGAACGUUCGAAUUCUCAACAGGAAGCCGAAAGGCGGAAAGAAAAGGGCGAAACGACGGAUGCCGAGGGUGGUACAGAAGUGUCAGAAGAUCAAGAGGAAAAGAAAAAGCCUGAUAAAGAAUUACAAAAGACUAAAGCUACGACGGAGAAAAAAUUUGAUAUUAAAAAAUUUGAGAAAAAGCCAUCAUCCACCAAUAGUAGUAAUGGGUGUGAUGCGAAGAAAAUAGAUUUAAAGAAACUUCCUGGUAAAGACAGUAAUAUCGACGAUGCUAUAGAAAGUGUCGUUAAUGCAGCUAGGGUCGAAGACGAGUCGAGUCAGGACACAUCGGAUUCUGGAAAAUCUCGUGGUAAUCUUGGCACAGACUCGGAGUGCGAUGAUAUUGACAAAGAAGCACCAUUACCGGACGGCCUUCCUGAAGAUAUCAAGGAAAUCGUUAACAAAUUGAAGGUACACGCGGAAAACAGCAAAGAGGGUAAAAGCAAGUUUUUCAACCCUUCGGUCAACUCUGCUUUGUUUAGUCUAGAGAAAAAAUUGAGGACACUGAAUUCAGCGAGCGCAAGACCGCAGACGUACGAACACCUCGCCCGAUUUCUACCUUGUAGUAAAAUAACUCUUCUUAAUAGAGCGAAAAAGCUUUAUCUGCAAGAUGCUGAAUACAGAGUUAAGGAAACAAUGCAAAGGUUAAAAGCUAUCAUUGAUAAUACAAUGCCUUCGGUCAUGGAUGCCUUUAUCCAGGAAAGUCAAAUGGUUGCCGAUGAAAAUCCUCAAUUAUACUGGGAGAUAUAUCGGUACUGUUGGGGAUUUGAAGGUUCACCCGCUGCCGCUGAAAGUAGCGAUGAAGAUGAAGGCUCGUGCAAAAGUACGGAGAAAUCUAAAAUUCCGAAGAAACGAUUUCCUUGGACAGAUGAAACUAAGAAACUAGUAUAUGAAAUAGCAAAUGCAAGAAGACAAUAUUUUAAAAUUUUACGACCUAGAAAAGAAAGUAUGGAGUCAUUUGUGGCAACUUUUAUGGAUACAAAAGUUUUGCCAUUAUGGCCAUCUGGUUAUGUACGCUUACAAACUUUGUUGAAGUAUUCUAAUUCUGUCGAACCAACAAUUAAAAGGAAAGCAAAGAAGUUGAAAGAUGUUGUCAGUACUAAUAGUGUUUCUUCUUCUGCAAAUACAAUUUGCAAUUCUUCUACUGGAAGGCUCGAGGCAACAAGCAGUAAUAAUAAUAAUAAUAACGUUGCUGCUACUUCUGCUUCUGCUUCUACUUCUACUUCUACUACUACUUCUACUUCUGCUAUUCAAGAAAUGGAGAAAACUCCUCCUACAAGUGUUGCCGCUAAGGUUGCAACUGUUAAUGAAAACUCUUUGAACGUUACAAACAUCGGAACACUUAAAUCUAACGAUAACAAUGCAGAAAAGAAACAAAUAAGUUCGAAAAAUAAAGAAAAAAAUAAAGACAAUGGUGGUAAUAAUACGGGGGCGGCGGCGGCGGCGCAAUUUGAUGUAGCGUCAAAUAUCGUUUCGAAUUCUACCGUUGGAAAAAUCUCCGUUGUACCUACGGCACAAUUAAUGGCACAAAAGCCAACCAAAAGUCACUUGGAUAAGUUUAAUUUAAUGGACUUAGCAAAUAGUUCUCUAUCAAUUACACCCGUCAAUGAUUAUCAUAAAAUACCCGCAAAGACGAACGAAGUUAAAAAAGAUGUAGUCUCUAUUACGGCCUAUCCAGAACCUUCCAAUAUAAUAUCUAACGCUAACGAAGUUCCACAAAGUGGACAUGUAAAUGUACACAGACAAGAAACUUCAUAUCCAACAACACAACAUUCUAAUUAUUCAUUAGCUAAUCAAACUUCUCCACACUCUAAACCUGUUGUUUCUUUAAAGCAUAGAAUAUUACAAGAUAACGCGGAGAUUAAAAAUGACAAAAGAUUAGAAGAUAAAGAUGUUGAAAUUACGAAUAAAACGGAGAAGAGAGACAACAAGAGACGCGAAAGGUGUAUGGAAAAUAAGCACAAAUCGCAAGACACGAAAAAACGAAGAAAAGAUCCGAAAUUGUUGGAACAAGUUGGACCGCCACCACCAUCCAUACACUCGGAAAUAGUUUCAUUACCACAGCAAACGUCUCUUUCUAAGGAAGAACAAGAACAAAGACAAAUCGAGGAAACUGUUGCCGCUACAACCUACUUGAGUCAAAUAAUCAACGAUGACACCUCUGCCAGGACGAUAACGGAUAAAAGAAAAGAUGGCGGAUAUGUUACGGAUGAGUCUAUAGGAAGUAUGGUAUCUACGGAACAGGAAAAGGAUGUUCAAAUGGUUAUGAGAUCAUUAAAGGAAUUACAAGAAUUACAAGAAAUGAAUUGUUCUCCUAGCCAUUCGCCGGUUAAUGCUUGUGGCAUUCAAAAACCAAACAAAUCGAGUGUGCAGUAUGUCACUUAUCAAGAAGAGUAUCAACGAUUGUACCUUAAAAAGGAAGAUAAAUUGCGACCGAAAGAAGAAGCACAGUGGUAAAGGAAAAGACAUUAUUAAAUACGCUUUAAGAGCGUAUAUUUUAGACGAUGAUUAUAUAAUGGAUAGGGUCAAAUAAUAAUACCAUUGGACAAAAAUGAAGAAUGAACUUUUAUAGACAAAAGGGCAUUUGUCGAGAUCAAUUAAUAAAAUGGGUCAAAUGUGAUUCUUCGAAACUUCUUCCAUUAUUAUUAUAUUAUUAUUAUUAUUAUUGUAAUAGAGACGUUUUACUUACGUCAAUGGUCAAAAAAUUAUAGAAUGAGAGAGAUAAAGAGAGAGAGAGAGAGAGAGAGAGUUUUGACGGCUGAUAUCUCAUUGCAAUGCGUCAUAUACAAAUUUUUAAGCAUUCGAGAAAAGCCAAGAAAAAAAGAAAUAAGUGUGUAAAUACAUAUUGAUUCGUUAAGAACAGCGUCAAACAUUACCUGUACAGAAUAAGUAUAAAUUAUGAAUUUAUUAUAAUCUAUUAAGUAUGUGUAAAUAAGUUAGCGUCCAGUCGUCGUCGCCGUGAAUGGGGUGGCUAAGAAUACAAUUUUAUCCUUUUUUUUUUUAAAUAGAAUUGUUUUAUUUUUGUCGCUUUAAAUAUCGUGUGUAUCUUAUGAUUCUCAAAUUAGAAUCCUUGAAGGAAAAUAGUCGGUGGUAUUAAAUAAGAAAAAGAUUUAAAAAAGUUCUCCAUUUUAUAUGAAUCCAUUAAUAAAUUGUCAUUGUGUGAUUAAAGUCGUGAGAUUAAUUUUUCGUCCGUUUUGUUUUUAUAUAAUAAUUGCCAUGUGUCAUGGGAGAGAUAUGGUAUUGUAAUUAUAGAAAAUAAACCAAUACCUUAUGUAAGAAUAAUAUUGAUCCUUUGGCCACCCUAAGUCACCAAGCGAAAAGAAAAGUUUCGAGUGUUGUUCCUUUUGUGCACACGAGCUGCUGUCAUCUCACGUUGUUGUUACCAUCGUCGCAUCCGAAAAUGCAGUGUGCUCUGAAGAAAAAAAAAAACAAACAAAAAACAAGAAAUAUGACAAGAAAAGAAAAAAAAAAAGGAAUCGGUUAGAUUUAAUAUAUUUUUUAUAUAUACUCUCUGCCUAAAUUCAUGUUGCCUUCCGAAUUAUUUAAAGAAUACAGACUUACGAGAGUUCAAACAUCUGAGUGAGUAACUAACAAGUGAUCAUUGUUAUUGGCCUGUGGUAAGAAGAAAUAGUAAAUGUAGUGCAAGAAUUCGAAUAUUUCCCGUUUCCCAGAAUAAAUAAAUGGUGCAGCUUCGUGUGCAGCUAGAUCGAAUGAUAGAUUUUAAAUAGCAAACAAUGUAUGCGGUGAACCAAUGUGUGAGUUCAGUAUUUACAGGUGGAGAGGAAAAGAGAGAAAGAAACAAACAAAAAAGAGAGAAAGAGAGAGAGAGAGAGAGAAUGAGUAUGAAAGAGCGAACGAGUUAGAGUAUUUUUGGAACACGUAAAAAUGAUAAUUAGUAAAUGUAUCUAACGUGAUACACAUCCUCUCCCUCUUUCCUUACCUCCCUCCCUUCCUUUCUCCCACCAACCCCAUUUUAACAAUAUGAUACUUACAGUACGUUUAAGCGUCUUGUACAAGAAUUCUGCAUUGAGAAUUUUUACUAAGACGACUUCAAAUAUAAGUUUUGAAUAUUUUUUACAACA